UCGCGUAGAUUUUAUACCUGACUUGUACGUGCGCUUACGUGAUAAAGAAGAAAACGAAAAGUUGCUCAUUCUCAUCACCUACCACUAUUUGUCGGAUUUUUUCUUCCAGGACAAAUUACGUAAAUACAAUGACAAUAAUGAAUUCAUUUUUUGGUGCUUGGACCUUAUCUUCGUGGUUCGUCCUUUUCAUCAGUGUCGUGUUUCUUCUCGAUUCAUCGGAAGGACGACAACGGUGGAAAAGUUCAGAUAUACAUACGACCUUGGAACAUCAUCGAACUGUUCGAGAUGUAUCGUUGGUGGAUAUCUACAAUGACGAUCACAAGUUUCCAAGGUUUGCAGAGGAAAUACAAAAUGUUACUGUCAGCAUUGGACGCGAUGCACUCCUGGCAUGCGUCGUUGAUAAUCUUCAAAAUUAUAAAGUAGCCUGGGUACGGGUCGAUACUCAAACGAUAUUGUCGAUCCACACAAAUGUGAUUACUCAGAACCCACGGAUCUCUUUAUCGUACAACGACCAUCGUUCUUGGUAUCUUCAUAUAAAGGAAACACAGGAGAGCGAUCGUGGAUGGUACAUGUGUCAAGUUAACACAGACCCCAUGAGAUACAAGCAAGGUUAUGUACAAGUUGUAGUACCACCAUCAAUAAUAGACAAGGACACCAGUACGGACAUGGUUGUAAGAGAAGCAACGAAUGUGACGUUGACCUGUAAAGCAAAAGGUUAUCCAGUCCCUUACGUCAUGUGGCGACGAGCUGAUGGCAAAAGCAUUGGCUACGAUGGGAAACAAGUAAACGUCAUAGAUGGUGAAUUUUUACAUAUCGUCAAGAUAAGUCGACUUCAUAUGGGAAAAUAUCUGUGCAUAGCAUCGAACGGCGUGCCACCAUCGGUCAGCAAAAGCGUCACGCUCAACGUUCACUUUCCACCAAUGCUAUCUAUUCCAAAUCAAUUGGAAGCAGCCUAUAUCGGACAAGAGGUUACUCUCGAGUGUCACAUCGAAGCUUUUCCAACAGCCAUUAAUUAUUGGACUACGGAGAACGGGGAUAUGAUUGUCUCAGUUAACGAGCGGGCAAAUUAUGGCGUUUCAGGUGACAAGUACAUGACGGUGAUUACUGAUAACGAGUAUACGAAGCACAUGGUACUGAAGAUACGUAAUGUUACCUCGAAAGACUUUGGUUCGUACAAAUGUGUCGCACAAAAUUCAUUGGGUGCAACGGACGGUGUUAUCAAGUUGGACGAAAUCCCGGCACCAUCGACGACCUCAACAACGCCAUUUCCGUAUUACGUAACAAUGUUAAUGAAGAAAAACGGUAGAAACGGUAACAAGAAAUUACGUCAACGUCCCAACGAUUACGAGGUCGAGGAAUGGAAAAAUUCAGAUUACAAGAACGAAUAUGAGCCACCAUCGAUGCCACCAGGAGAUUUACCAUUGGAUGCGUUAAAUCUGGGUGCUGCAAGUGAGCCACCCUUAUUACUUCAUCUUCUACUACCAAGCGUAUUGCCAUUGCUCUUAACAGCCAUCAGAAGAUGAUUCUCGCAUCACGGGAACGGGGCUUCCAGUUGUAGUGUUUAUUGGACGGUACGUCCGGCGUGCCGUUUCCGGCCGUGCGAACCAUCACGAACGCGACGAUGUCGGCCACGCUUGAAAUUAUUUUCGUACUAAAGAAAAAGCUAGACUUAAAAUAAACAAAAUAAAACAAAACCAAAGGGGAAAAAAAAGGAGAAAAUUAACGGAGAAAGAAGAGUGAGAGUGAAAGAUAGACUACAAAGAUGAGCGUGUAUGUGAGUGUAUGCGUGAGUUGUGAGUGUGUGAACGAAGAAAGAAAUAAAGAAAAAAAGGAAGGAUUGAAAGAAGGAAAGAUGCAAUCGUGUGAAAAA